AACCCCACAUUGUCUGGGAGGAGUCCGCAGUCUCUUGGCGCUCCGUCCCAGGAACGUUUGGUCUGGGUACAGAGGAACCGUGGAAGUACGCUCCACGAAAACAUGAGCUACUUUUAAGAGCCUUUUUUUUUUAAUGCAACGACGUUUUAAUUUGUCGGGUGCGAGGAGGGAACCACGUGAAGCCUGAGAGCAGAGAGAGAGAGAGAGAGAGUGUUCAGUCAGAGGGAUCAUAAGCCGAUGCGCCAGAUGACAAAGGAAUGAGUUUAUUUUGAGAGAUGAGGCGGAGAGAACCGUGCACAUAGGAGCUCCAAUCUGAGAAGAAACUUUCAGACGGACAGCUAUGGGGAAUUCAGAGAGCCAAUACAGCCUCCAGGGCCCCAAAGGCACAAGCAUUGUCCUCCCAGGGAAACAGAAGCCAUUGAAGUUACGCUCAGGCAAAGACGACGCUCUGUCACCUCAUUCGUGGUGGAAAAGCGCCCCAGUAGGUUCAGGAUACAAGGCCAGGUGUGUUGGCCGUGGCUGUUUAUCCCCUCCGAAAAACCGUCACUUGCACUCUGCCCGGCACUAUGACUAUGUCUCCAAGGAGGCAAGGGGCAGCCCACGUUCUCACCACUGGCGUAGAUCAGCUGGGUGUGGCAUGAGAAGACGGCAUCUGUCGGAUGAGUACGAUGGUAAUCCGUAUGGAGCUGAGCUUAAUGGUCACGCCCUUAAUGGACACAUUGAUGAGGAUGGGGCUUUAGAGGAGCAGAGCAGCCCACGGGUGGUGAUCAAGAAGGAUGGUAGUCUCAGGGUGGAGUUCACCAACACCUCUGGCCAUCCCCUUCUCCUCGACGAGGCUUCUGGCCCCGUACAACUCCUCAAGUUUUCCCCAAACCUUGAGACUGCGUCCACUCCCAGUUUGCCUGGCUCGAGUGGUAGUGCACAAGAAGGUCACUGCAGUGGCCCACCUCCAGCCUCCACCUCCUCCACUGCCAGGACCAGCAAGGGAAGCUCGUUGAGUUCUGAUGGUUCCUGGUAUGACUCCCCAUGGGGGCCCAACGCAGAUCUUUGUGAGACGGACCAACCCUGCCCUGCUAACAGGACUUUGGUCCACUCCCCUAUCCAACAGCUUGACUCCUUCACUGAGCAGUCCUCUUCAGAGCUCUACAAGGACUCAACAAUGGCUGCAACUUUUCCCAUUACAAAGAACCUGCCUUCUGAUUUCCAAGGGCCUCCACCAGGUCAGAGGACGCACCGAGCCUCCUUUGCAUCAGUCCUGGAUGUUCCACUGGAGGAGGAAUGCCCUGAGGCUCACCAGUACACAUCUUUCACCCUGCCCUGUCGCAGGCCUAAAGCCCACACCAUGAGCGAGGAUCUGUGCCAGUAUCCUGAUCAGCAGCAGCACCGGGAGCAGGCAGGACCAGAUAUUCUUUUCCAUAAGAAAGACUCCAUAAGAACCCGUAUACGACGCUUCAGUGACUGGACAGGCAGCCUCAGCAGGAAGAAAAGAAAGUCUCAGGAGACCAGGUACAAGGACCUUACUGACGCCUUUGACAGCGGGGUUGACGGUCUCACCGCAGACACCAGCUCCCCCUCUCAGGUCUCCAGCCUCCUCUGGUUCCCUGGAGCUUCCAGGGCCCAAUCAUCAGGCGCAAUUCACCAAACCACCAGCGAUGCUGUGCGCCAGAAUAUCUAUGAGAACUUCAUGAGGGAGCUGGAGACGGGCACCGGGCAGGGAGGAGUGGGAGGCGGUGACAGGACAGACCCAUCCACUGGCACAGAAGAGGGGGAUAGCGGUAGCGAGUCAGCGGAGGGUUCACUGGAGCAGCUGGAUUUGCUGUUCGAGAAGGAGCAAGGGGUGGUCAGGCGGGCUGGCUGGCUUUCUUUCAAACCUCUUGUUACUUUGCACAAGGACAGGAAGCUGGAGCUGGUGACCCGCCGCAAGUGGAAGCAGUACUGGGUGACCCUGAAAGGAUGUACAUUGCUCUUCUAUGAGACAUACGGCAAAGGCUCUCCGGAGCAGGAUGCAUCACCACGUUAUGCUCUCCUGGCUGAGGACAGCAUCGUUCAGGCUGUUCCUGAGCACCCCAAAAAGGAGAACGUCUUUUGUCUCAGCAACUCAUAUGGGGACGUCUACCUCUUCCAGGCCAGCAACCAGACCGACCUGGAGAACUGGGUGACAGCCAUCCAUUCUGCCAGUGCCUCGCUGCUGGCCAAGCGCCAGGGGAAGGAGGAUACGGUGCGCCUGCUGCGGAGCCAAGUCCGUGGCCUUCUGCAGAAGAUUGACAUGGAUGGGAAGAUGAAGAAGAUGGCCGAGCUGCAGCUGACGGUUGUUAGCGACCCCAAGAACCGGAGGGCUAUCGAGAACCAGAUCCAGCAGUGGGAGCAGAACUUGGAGAGGUUCAACAUGGACCUGUUCAGAAUGCGCUGCUACCUGGCAAGUCUGCAGGGUGGAGAACUUCCUAACCCAAAGAGCCUGCUUGCAAUCGCCAGCCGCCCCACCAAAACCACUCUGGGACGCCUGGGGAUCUUCUCUGUCUCUUCCUUCCAUGCACUGAUCUGCUCUAGAGAUGAGGCCACUCUCAGGAGGCGCUCCCUGUCCCUGACUCAUAGGGCGCGCAAGAGAGGCCUUUUCUCCUCCAUCAAAGGCCUCGACAACCUCACAAGGAGAGGCCGGGAAAAGAGGCCGUCUGUAUCACAGAUUUUUGAGAGCGACGUUGGAGGUCAAGCGUACGCCCUCCCUCCCAGGAGCACCGAGAGGCUGGAUGUGUUGACCAGUAUCUACUCCAUGUCGCCCCCUGAGGGCGGUGUGUGGGACAGCAGCAGCAGCGGUGGCAUGGAUGUGCUGACGUGUGUCUACAUGCCAGACCGGCUGACGGUCCAAGUUGCCAUCAGAAGAGACCAGACAGCGGCUGACCUUCUCUCUGCUGCCUGCAAGGUGAAACAGUUGGACUCAGGUCUGCACUGCCUCCGCUUGCACAAGCAAGCCGAGGAGGAGGUGGAGGUCCGAUACGUGGCUGCUGAAGAGCUCGUGCGUGAUCUGGUCAACGAUCAGCUGGAGGUGGUCCCAGCUAAUGUGUUUACGCUGCACAUGAGCAGGCAGAGUGGCAGUGGGGACUUUGGUUUUGCAGUAACAGGGCAUAUAGACAGCCAGAGAAACAGCAGGAUCUUUGUCAGUGAAGUGCUUCAUGAUGGGCUGGCAUUCAAUGAAGGUCUGCGCCCAGGCGAUGAGAUCCUGGUCCUGAACGGCCGGUGCGUGUCUGGUCUGGAUCUGGCACUGAUCCAGACGCUGUUCGCUGAAGAAACUGUGCACAUGAGCCUGAGGCGGGAUGGACCCCUGCCGGCUGCUCUGACCUCCAACCACACAGCCCAGUCUUUCAGACAGAACCAGGAGGUUCGCAACAAGCACCACCGAGCCAAAUCCUCCUCUGAUGUGUGCACUGCAGCAGAAAAUGAUGCGUCCCUGUGUGUAGGACAGGAGGAUGUUCACUCACACUGCACACACAGGCCUGUUCAACACAGUAAGAGUGUGGACACAGUUUGCACCCUCUACCAGUCCUUCCAAGAAGGGUCAGGCUCAGGCCCAGGGGGUUUGAUGGAUGACUCCAAGGAUCCUCCAAUGAGGCAGGGAGGUGGUCCCUCGGGAGAAGCCAGCCUGCUCAGACCUUGCCCCAAGCAUAUGAGUGCCACUGAAAGGUUACGCAAGGUCAUCCAGGAGCUGGUGGACACGGAGAAGUCAUAUGUGAAAGACUUGGCCUGCUUGUUCGAGAUCUACCUGAAGCCCCUGCAGAAUGAGACCUUCCUCACACUGGAUGAGAUGGAGAGUUUGUUUGGCAGCCUGCCAGAGAUGCUAGACUUCCAGAGGGUCUUCCUGCAGACCCUAGAAGAGAGGAUUGCCUCUUCACCUGAUUUCAGCACCCUGGAGACCCCGUCACAAUUCAAGAAGCUGCUGUUUUCCCUCGGGGGUUCUUUCCUCUACUAUGCCGACCACUUCAAGCUCUACAGCGGCUUCUGUGCCAACCACAUCAAGGUCCAGAAGGUCCUGGAGAGAGCUAAGACGGAUCAAGCCUUCAAGGAAUUCUUGGAUGCAAGGAACCCCACCAAGCAGCACUCAUCCACUCUAGAGUCCUACCUGAUUAAACCGGUGCAGAGGGUGCUCAAGUACCCCCUGCUGCUCAGGGAGCUGGUCUCCCUCACUGACGCUGACAGCGAGGAGCACUACCACCUCACAGAGGCUCUCAAAGCCAUGGAGAAGGUAGCCAGCCACAUAAAUGAGAUGCAGAAGAUUUACGAGGAUUACGGCUCUGUGUUUGAUCAGCUAGUUGCUGAGCAGACUGGACACGAUAAAGAGGUCACAGAGAUCUCUAUGGGAGAGUUUCUCAUGCAUUCUUCAACCAUCUGGCUCAACCCACAUCCCUCGCUUGGUCGCAUGAGAAAGGACCCUGAAAUGACCGUGUUUGUGUUCAAGAAAGCGGUGAUAUUGGUCUACAGGGAAAACAAGCUGAAGAAGAAAAUGACCAACCCACGAUCAGCACUUUCUCACGGAGACUCAGACCCCUUUAAGUUCCGCUGGCUCAUUCCGCUCUCCUCGCUGCAGGUUAGACUGGGAAAUACUGCAGGAACAGGCACAGAAAGCAGCAGCAUCUGGGAACUGAUUCACACCAAGUCUGAAUUGGAAGGCAGACCAGAGACCAUGUUCCAGCUUUGUAGCAGUGUGCCAGAGAGCAAGGUCAACAUCAUCAAGGUGAUCCGUUCCAUCCUCAGAGAGAACGUGAGGAGGAACAUGAGGAGCGAGGGCACGUUGGAGAAGGGCUGUAAGGAGCGCCUGGCCCCCCUGCGCAACACCCUGCCCUCCUCGGCCAGGCUAGGUUCCUCCAGGGCUUCCUGGUUGUGCAAGCAGCCACCUGGAGAUCUCUCCAUGCAGGCUGGUAACCCUAAACUGGGCCCAGACUCAGAUGAGGGAAGCCUUAGCAGUGGAACGCACAGUUUGCCUGGUGCCUCUCCACCUUGCACUUCCUCCGACCCCAAUACUGCCUCAGUCCUGCAGAACUCAUCCGAGACAUCUGGAUCAAACCUGGCGCAACCCUCCUCCACCUCAGCUGUGAAAGAGUCUGAUAUUUUAAGUGAUGAGGAUGAUGAUGGCUUUAUCGAGGGGGGGACCAGAAGGGACAGUGGAGACAGCAGUUCUCCAACUAGUGCCAUUGAGGCUCAGUUCCUCCAACUUAAACUCUCAGAGGAGGCUGUGUCAAAGUGUCCACCGGCUCCAUGUGUUGAACCUGAGAGAGUCGGUGACACUCCGGAGACACAACCCAAACUAAUGCGAGGACACUUCAGUGCUGUGAAAAGGAAACCCAGCAGUUUCAGAAGGAGCCAGGGGGCACUUUUGAACAUGAAGGCACACAGCAGGUCACUGGACAGCCAGGCAGAUACAGCCCUGCCUUCAGGAGCAGUGGACCUCAACACGCUGCUGGAAAGAGAAUUCAGCGUCCAAAGUUUGACCUCUGUUGUGAAUGAGGACUGUUUCUAUGACCAAGAUGAGAGCUGUGCCACAAACUCUGGAAAUACCACCUCCUCAUAGGACAGAGCAGGACUAUACUGCACCACAGUGAACGGACAUACGGUUGAGGAUGCUGACCAAAGCCAUUGCAUCAUAAGAGGGGAAACCCCUGUGGCUUAUUGCGGGCUUCUUGAAGUCGUACCUCAACAAGUCGGUUGAGAAAGUGACACACCUGCAUUCAAAUCAGGCAUGAAUGUUCUGUUCUUUUGGCACUGGCUGACAGUUUUUCCCCCUUGAGAGGCAAAUUGAGGUGACUUUUGUCCCACUGAUAAUGACUGCAUGAAUCUGCCAAGCACUGAUGCGCUUCCCCAGACUCUUUUCUCUGGGCCGCUGUCAACAAAACCCUCUGAGUGACGUAUUCCAUCCUGGUUUACCCUGCAGCGCAUGCUGAUUGGCAGUAUAUUACAUUUUUGACCUUUACUUUGAAGAAAUUGAAAGAAUGUCCUUGAUCUGACAGUCCCAAAGGAGGAGAGAGGUUACAGUGCAUUGAAAGCCACCAAGUACUUCUAAGAAAUAUGCUUCUGAGUUUGUAUUUGGCAACAUUGAGCAUGUUAUGUCACAAUUAGCGAGCAGCAGGCUUACAAGUCAUGGGUUCAGUCUUGAAUAUUUUUUUUAUUUGGUUUCACAGAGCCAAAUGUUUGAGUCACCGCUUUAUACAAACUGCAUUUUGUAAGCAAUAACAUGGAAGGAGGCUGCACUGAGUAAAGGCUUUCACAGACUAACAACAUUGAGCCAAACGUUGCCGGGGUCAUGUCAGACUUCUGAGGAGAGAGGACAUAGCCUGAAGAAACAGGAAGGAUGCUGACUUUUACAAAGAAGCCUUUUUGCUGUAUUUUGUGCACUAAAGUACACUGUUUGCCUAUAUAUUUGAAAUGAUUUUUAUCUGUACAGGUUUUAAUGUAAUUAAUGCUGGUUUUAUUUAUUAAUAGUUUUGAUAAUGUAUAUCUUAGCAAAGUAAAUUUUCAAGUGAAAGCUUGAACAUUUGGUGAAAGAUUUGGUCCAUCAUUAAAUAAAAUGCAAUACAGCUUCAUGUUUCAUCCACAAUUUUAAACGUAGCCUGCCGGGGUUUGAUUGUCUUUCAGUGAUUGUGAUUGGAAAGUGCAGAGAUAUGGCUGCUUGACUGAUAAAAACAGCAAUAAUGUUUAAACCCCAAUGUUUCUCUUUAUAUCUGUGUCUUGUGUAUAUAAAAUUUUCUAUCUUGAAAACAUUUAUGUACUCUCUUACAUACUUGACACUGUACAGGUUGAAACAAUGCAGGAAUUUGCAAUUAAUGCAGCUGGUAUUUUUGUACAAGUUUGUCAGCAACAGUGUAAAAUACAUGUUAGGAUACUACAAGAAGGCAAACCUCUAUUACAUUCUUUCUCAGCUCAACUUUUCCACGCCUUUAAUGCUAGAAUACCAAUGAAUGUGAAUGCUUCAUUCUUAUGGAAUUGUUUUAUAAAUAAAAGUUUUAUCUGUGAAUGACA